GGUAUUCCUUGGCUCCCAACUGCCAAGAUCCCUUUCCAUCUGAGCAGCAAUGUUUACAGAAGAGGAGGGAGAGAGACGAGGACAUAGGCAAUGAGGCAAGACUGAGACAGCAGGACCCAGCUACUUAAAGUGGCAUUCUAACAUAAUUAGGAAAGACAUUUCUGGGACAGUCAGUCAAAAGGUAAAGUUCUAAUAUUACACUAUGAUCCAAAUAAACCCUGCAGAUUUAAAGAGGAAAAAUGAGCACAGAGACCUUGCUCCCGAGGGCCUAGUGAUCGAGGUAGGAGGCAGCAGAAGUAUGUCUUCAUUUUAUCUGGAGAAUGUGCAGUUUCCUCCUCAUCGGCUUACACUCGAUGACACAUACCGUCACUGUCUAUGAAAUCACGAAAGCAGCGUUUUGUAGUUGCAACUGCUGGUGGGCAUGGGGAGGCAUAAACAGCCUGUACAGAAAUUCUGAGAGGAUUUGUUCGCUUGUUGAGAAAGGAUCUCCCUAUGUCACCCAGGCUGGCUGGGCACUCAAGAUCCUGGGCACUCAAAGUUAGAAUUCUGAGGAAGGUUAUCUUGGUGACUAGUCUUCAGCAGCCUAAAGAUCUGUUCUGAGGGAGUUACAUUCCAAGAUUGCGAGGCAGGCCUUGAGCAGACAUAGCAUCUGGAUCCUCCUCCUAGUGGUGGACAUGUUUGACACUUGAAGACCCAGUAGAUCACGAGCCUGACAUGUGCGCUGAGCACUGUUGGUUGCCUGAGGUGAUUGGCGCCCGGGGGUCCCCUCUGGAGCAUGCGCACAUGGCGUUGCUGGGCAACGACAGUCCUGCCAACUGCCUAAGAGGUGGAGGGAUGUUAAACCUUGGGGCUUCUCUGUGGGCGCAUCCUGGCGAGAUUCCCAGACUUGGUUGGCUCUGCAUUGGGACUGACAGUGGCUAAGAUUGGGACCUGGAGGAACCUGGUUACUGUGAGCACAGAGGCUGUUAAUGGGAAGGAAGUAAAGCAAUAUAAACAAGAGUCUAGGGUGAAGGGCCAUAGUCUGAGCCAUGAAGAAGAUCUUCAGGGGCCAUUCGCCUUGGGGCUUCCUUAGCUUUAGGCAUGUCAGCACCGAGAACCAAGAACCACCCAGGUACCUCACUGGGUACAUGCCUAUGAAGAAGAUCCACAAAGCUGCAAGUGUUGGGGACAUAACCGAAGUGCAGAGGAUGCUCGAAUUUGGGCAUGUUGACGUGAACAUUACAGACCGGAAGAAAAGGACUGCUCUGCACUACGCCUGUGCUCAUGGCCAGUCAGAAAUGGUGUCCCUCUUGCUGUGGUACGACUGCAACAUUGAAGCCCGAGACUGUGAGGACAGCACAGCUCUGAUCAAGGCCACACAACGCCAGCAUGAGGAAUGUGUCAGGAUUCUCCUGGACAAUGGCGCCGACUCAAACGCCGUCGACACCUAUCGAAACACUGCUCUGCACUACGCGGUCCUCAACAACGACCCCGCCAUAGCUUCCAAACUCCUGGCGUUCAAUGCAGACACCGAAAUCAAGGCGAAGAAUGGCUACACGCCUCUUAUACUCGCUGUGCUGGAAAACAAAGAGGGGAUGGUGGAACUGUUGUUACAGGCCGCGGCAGAUAUAAACGCCCUGGAUAACUGCAAGAGGUCCCCCCUCAUACAUGCUGUGAGAGCUCAGUUUAAAAACAUGAUCAGCCUUCUUCUCCAGCAAGGUGCUGAUGUAUCUUUGGUGGAUGUCUAUGGAGCCACUGCACAAAGUUACACUGUUUUUGAAACCUUUCAAGUGCUUUCCAAAGGACCAAGUUCCAGUCAUCUUGAGCCUACAUCAGAAAUGGAUGAACAAAAUUUUGAUGACAAGGACAACUGCACACCGUGUACACACCCCACCCAGGACAAGGAUAGAAUGGAACAGUUGUCAGCAAAGGAAGAGGAAAACACAGACACAGUUGACAGACUGGAGAGCCAAGUUGCCUUAGAAGACCAAGAGAAGGACCUUGAAAUUUGUGAAGACUGCAAUCCAAAAGCAGAUACAUGUCCUGAAUGUUACUCUAAAACAAGCCUCGCCCACAGACCUAGAACUCCCACGCCUACAACAGAAGACAAUGAGUGCAGCUUCAGCUCCAAGACUCCAGUGAUCCAGUCACCCAUGUUCACCGAAUCCAGCCUCUGGAUUGGGUAUCCAGCAGAUUGGCCGGAACCCAUUAAGUUCUCCAGGCAACCAGCGGUCUACAACCCAAUCGAAUGGAGGGAAGACAUGGAAUCCCAGUCCGUUUCUCUAGCGGAAAGCAAACACCCGGCGUCAGUGUUGUUGGGAAAUGCACAGACCCAUGCGUGGCCAGCCAGGGUUUCCAAGGAACCUGGUGCUAAUGAUUCUGAUCCUACAGAAAAAGAGAAUGCUAAGGAUGACCUGGUAUCACUUUUAGCUCCUCUGGAGGAAUACAAACCACAGAUGAAAGAAUUUUCAGUAACUGAAGUUGCCAAGUUACAGACAGAUGUCAAGCUGGAGAGACAAGGUGUUUUAGGAUAUGAAGAAAUGGGACUGGAAACUUGUCAAGAAAGCAGCAGUCUAGAAGCAGCUGAAAGUACUGAAUCCUGCUCUGUACUAAGGUUCUCCAUCAAACCUGAUCGUAGUGACCCUGAGAGCACAGCAAGAAAGGACCAAUGUAAUUUUAAUACAAAGGUAAAAUCCUUCGAGGAUAAGUUAGAGAAACGUCUCUUGGCACAGAGAGCAUCCCCGCAUCAAGCCCCGCCGAGCCCUGCACCUUUACAACUCCAAGGGCAAGCGGAGGAGCCAGAGAUGAACGCGGCUUCUGAUGGAGAAGACACGUCUGGACCUUCCAGAUCUGCCGAGGGGCAAGUGCUCAGGGGAAUGUCGCUAGAAGGAGAAAAACCGGAGGGUAAAGAUGCUCUACGACUUGUCGCAAACAAGCUAAGCCAGAAGCCUGGAGAGAUUUGCGAAGCUGUCAAAAUUAGUGUUCACCACGAGGAAGAGCGACCACGUGAUGACUGUACAGGAAAAACACCCCUGAAGUCGGCCUCCCCUACACCGGCCUGUGACAGGCUUGGUUGUGAGGACAGAGAUGGAGCUGCAGCGCCAGUCUCUGUCACACUGCAGACCUUUCCCGGAUGGGAGGAAGGUGGCCUUGGAGAUGUCUUUCCAUCUCCCUCAUCCUCUCAGGUCGUGGGAAACAGUGGCCAGUCAGUUACUAAAUUUCCCUUAAUGGAAAAUAAAUUAGACUGUGAAAAUAACAAGUCCGAAAUGGAAGAACCCCUUCAUAAAAGUAAGGAGAAAUCUAAAACACCAGAAAGUGGAAAGGUAGAUGGUGCAUGCCCAGACGUGUGUACGGGUGAAAAGCAAGGAGGCCGUGAGUUCAAGGGCCAGCUGCAAAACACUAUGAAACCAAAACGCAUGGCCUGGCAGUUCGAGAUCAGACACAUGCCCAAGGCCAGGGAACACAAAGGGCUUUCAGACUUCAAAGAAAAGACUCACGUGAGCGAAUUAAAAGGUUGGGGUGAUUCUACCCUUCCAGACACUUACAAGAAAAGUAAAGGCGCAUGGGACUUUACCCAGAAGCCACUGCACAGCAACUGCGAACCCCCGCCGCGCACCGUGGGAACCGCCCGUGUCGCGCCUCCGGGUGGCAGGACAGCAAGCACUUUGGCAGAUGAAGAUCUUCAGGACUCACUGUCCAAUUAUGAGUUCCACGUAUUGGAGGAAGAGAUCCUGGCCUGGGAGAAAGUCCACCUCCAAAACGAGAGUGUCUCUGAGGAUCUGCUGAACAAGUGUGAGGGGAUUUCAUCUGAUGCCACGGAUCCAAAGAGGAACUAUCUAGAAAACGAAGACACAGGAGAGGAAUCGGACUUUGAGGUGACAACCCAGUCAGAACACAAGAGUCUUGAUGGCAGUAAAAAUUCCCAGCUGCAAAAAAUGUCUGAAGACCCCAAAAUAAACAAGAAAUGUGAUGGAGAGUGUGCACCUGUACACCCAGAAGUUCCUUCAGUGAGAGCGCAUGAGAAAAUGUCUCUCACUCAAGAUGUAACAGGGAAUAAUCGAGAGUUACAGCACACAGCUGGGGAUGUGUCUGCAAACAUCUGUCCUGACAAAGAACCACUUCUGGGUAGCUAUAGGGGAAGAACUCAGUUCAAGCUUACUUCAAAGGUUGAAGAAAUGAGCAAAAAGCAGUGGAGUCUGGAAUUGGGAGUCUCGGAGAACCUGUGUCUUACAGUCACUGACUAUAAUGACAAUGGGUUGAUUGUCAAAAGGAAAAGUGGAAGGACGAAGAAGCUGCUUCCUCCUGAGGAGGAAGAUGAACUUGCUAAGCUGACAAAGAGACAAGCUGAAGAAAAGCACAAGAUGGAAACCCAAGUACAUCAAGUCAACGAAAUGGAAGAAGCCAGUGGCCGAAGUCAGCCUUCUGAGACAGCCUCAGGCAAUGAUUCUAGUAGCCUGUUGGAAUUCUGGGACAUGAUUCAUUCAUAUGAAAGACUAACAGAGCUUAAAAAUAGUCACUAUGAACUACUCACAAGGAAACUUGAAAACAUGGAAAGUGAGGCCAAUGGAGCACAGAGAGAACAGACAGAAAUGAAGAAAAUAAAAUCCUGCCUACAGCAUAAAGGAAUGGAAGGGGAAGAACUCUGCACCUUGAGAUUACCCUUAAAACAAGACGAGAAACAAGAAAAUGCUGAGUCUGUGUUUCAACAACAAAGGGUGCGGUUAAGCAGGAAAGAGGAGCAAUAUGGUGAAAAUGUGGAAUGGACUCAAUACCCUGAAAUCAGGACAGUGAUUACAGAUGUAAAGGCCAUAGAAAAUGAUCUCAGACAGUUACAAGGACCACAGGAUCAACUCUCAGAGACAGUGCAGAGUUCUGAGAAGACACACGCCAUCUUACAAAGGCUUGAAGUUCGACUUUCCAAGUUAAAAAUUACACUGAAAGAGCAAUCAGCAAAAAUUGAACAGAUUCAGACUCAACUGCUACACGAAGGUUUGCUUGGAGAUGAAACAAAGAAACUCAUUCAGCAAACACAGUCUCUAGAAUGUACUUUGGAAAAACAGAUGGAUAAAAAUGAGGAAUUGAUGACAGAACUAACUGGAUUUAAGAAGCUCUUUGAGGAGACAAAAAAGAAGUUAAAUAAGCAUGAAGACCGAGAGCUUAGUGGUCCUGGAGAUUUAAAAACCAGCCAAUUUGAUAUGCACAUUCCAAUUACUACGCUAAGGCAUGAGUUGUACAAGCUGAAAGAAAAUUGGGAAACUACAUAUUACAAAUAUCUACACAUGGUUGUAAAACUUCAGUUUAUCGAGCAGGAGCUAAUAGCAAUAAAAACAGAACAAAAGAAGUGUGGACACCUACUCACGAACCACAAGGACUUAGAAGAAGAAGUUCUUCACCUCAAAAGCUGGAUGCGAGAGAACGUGACCCAAGCAAGAGAUGAAAACAACACUGAGGAUUUAAGAGACACUAAUGAUGUGGUAACGAUAAGCCAGAUGGAACUCAGAAUUAAAAACUUGGAAUCUCAGCUAGCCACGAGGGGAGCUCAGCAAAGUCUCCGUGAAGGAGGAAGGCUGAAUCCGAGCACCAUUAUGCAGAAGAGAGUGGCCCGACGCAGCCAUUGAGAAAAGAGCUGAGUGAGCAAGCCAGGCAGAGUCCACGGAGUCCACGGAAAUAGUGGAGCUCGGCUUACCUCUGCGGCAGGCUGACAGGUACCAGGGAACAGAUCGCACAACAGACUCGGAGUUAGAAAAUGGAUGUGCACUUGAACUGCCUGCCCUUCAGGGAGGCUCUUGUUUCUUCCUUUUCAGUUUGGAUUUCUGUGCCCGUUUGCCCCUCCCCAAUGCUCUCAUGUAGCUAACCUGAUUCGUGAGUCUUUUAGAUUAGUAUUCGAAAGCUUUCUAUAUAAGGCAUUUAUAUGCUUAUUAAACUACUCUUUGCCAUUUUAAUAGAAAUCUUAA